GUUCAUCAGCAUUCGGUAGUGAUUCAGUUGUGUUCAGUUGCUUACAACCGAGUCAGCCUCAUGACACGACAAAAUUAGUGAAAUAUCCUGUUGAUUAGUGUUUUGUGGUGCCUAUAAAAUGAAGUGACGAGUUCUGUCAUCGUCAGUGUCUUUUCGAUCGUCAGAGAAAGCUCGUUCAAGUGAUAAUAAAGAAUGGAGUUGCCAAACCUGGGUGAGCACUGUUCAGAGAAGACGUGCAAUCGCUUGGACUUUCUGCCCCUCCGCUGUGACGCCUGUGAAUCGAUAUUCUGCACAGAUCACAUAUCCUACCAAGGACAUUCCUGCCCAAGUGCAUACAAGAAGGACGUUCAGGUGCCCUCGUGUCCCCUGUGCAACGUCCCGAUCCCCAUGAAGCGCGGGGAUCCCCCAGACCUGGCUGUUGGCCUCCACAUGGACAAUGACUGCCAGUCGGACUACGGAAAAUCCAAGAAGAAAGUGUUCUCGAAUAAAUGCUCGUUGAAGGGCUGCAAGAUCAAGGAGAUUGUUCGUGUGGACUGCAGUGAGUGCGAGUGGAACUUCUGCCUGAAACAUCGACAUCCUGCUGAUCACGAGUGCAUCGGGAGGGCUGAGGCUGUCAGAUUGAAGCAACUCAAGGCCAUGGUGAAGACUCAGCAGACGCAGAGGGCCAGGGCUAAUGAGAACAGAAAUUCCAAGACUUUUAAGAAUAUUCAGGGGACAAUGAGCGAUGAUGAGGCACUUGCCAGGGCACUCCAGGCUUCUUUGCAAGAGGAGGAUCGAAUACGUAGACAACAAUUGCAGCCAGGGCCCUCUGGGAGUCGAGAUAGAUGUCGAUUGUCUUAAUUAUUGUUGAGAAAAGUCUAGUCGUGGUUGCUACAAUCUCCAAAAUUUCUGGUUUCUUAUGGCAGAGAUUAAUUUCUCGUUGUUGCAGGAUAAUGACGUGGGAGAGAUUGAUAGAAUAUUGAGGGAACAUCUGUCUGCACAUCAUUAUCGAUUAUGAUUCAGCCUUUUGGUUGAUGUAAUUUACGUUCCAGUUGUGUUUUUCAGGAAUAUCUCUGAAUCUAAGGGAGAUGGCGAAAUUUUUUAGAUGAGCUUUUUUGUAGAGCGAAUUGAGGGCUGCAAAAAAGGUCAUGAUGAAAAUUUUGAUAUCUCCCUUGGAUUCUGAGAUAUUCAUUGAGAACUGGCCAAUAGUGAAAAUUGAGUUGGUUAUUUGUAGAUCAAAUUUUUCUGUAGCAACCAUGAACCCAAAACCUAACAAAUUUCAAUCUUUCUUAGGAUAAACACUGUGUAACAGUUUGUAGAUAGAAAUAUUCAAUUUUAAAUUUGACUUUUCUAAGAGUAUUCUUACAACGACAAUUUUAUCUGACUUUUUCACAAGGCUACUGUGAGAAAUAGCACAAAAUCGAGAGAUUAAUUGAGGAAUUAUGGGGAUUCAAUGAAUUUAUGGGAUUGAAAAUGCGGGAAGAACAAUAUUUUCUUGAAUUACGAAUUUGAGAACUUUUAUUUUUGAUUGAAACUCUGAAAUUCUUGAUUUCAAACAGGAAUUCUCCUUCAAAUUGUCAUUUUUGAGAAUAUUUUCUUGUCGCGAAAGGUUCAACUUCUCGUGUUCAACUUCCUACGAGUAAAAAUCAUUGAUGAAUGAGGAAGAUUUCUCCGUGACACUUGCUCAAUCAAAAAAACUCUGAAUAAAAAUUCGUUCGUCGUUUAAUUUGUUACAUAUGCAUGGAUUUGAAUUUUAAAUGAAGAUCCUCUGGGGGUUGACGCUCCCAUGAUUUUCUAUUGUUACUCCCAACACUGGCACUAUUGUGCUGUUUCUACAUAUCUCCGCUUAAUUUUAAAUAUUCCACUAGUUUAUCGAAUGGCAGUCAUCGCAGUUUUUUAAUAUCCAGUGACAGCUGGAGACGUUGGUCAGACUGUCUCCGAAUAUUCCAUCCACAUUAGAGAUUAUAUGCGCAAUUCAAUUUGGAAUACGUAGGGAUACUUAAGCAGUGCCUCACGCAAUUUGAAGAUUAAAAAAUCUGUUCUAGUUGUUGAGGGGGAGAGGGUGGGGUUAAAUGGGUGUAUUUGCCUUUUCCAAAACUCAAGAAGAAAUUCACCAGUUGAACUCAGUUUAGAUCCAGAGGAGAAGUGCACGACAGAUGUAUUUUAGUUUAUUUUUAAAACAAAUUAAAGAAUUGUCAUUUAAAGAAACAUCACAAGUGCCUAUUUUACCCCACCCUCUCAAUCCAAUACAUAUUAAUGAAAUAGUGAAUUGCCUGCCAUUACAUUCCUCGACAUCCACAAAUUUAUUCUAAGAGUUCUAAUGAAAUUUUUUAAAUGUAUUGUAAAUUUAAUAAAUAUUUAUUAUCUCAAAA